AGAUUGUUUUAAAGUAAGAAAAAUGCCCUUGAAGCAAAGAGAGGCAAUUGUUCAACAAUCUCAUAAUUGUUUUUUAUGCUUAAAAACUGGACAUUCUGUCAGAGAUUGUAAUGUCAGAGCUAGUUGUUUGUGUUGUGGCAAAAAACACCACAUUCUUCUGUGUAGAAAAAUGAAUCCGAUAUCUGAGUCUAAAGACAAAGAAUCGCUUGAAGUUGAUAAGAGAACUGAUAGUAGUUCUGAAAUGGAUCAAGCUCUUUCCAACUUGUCUACCAAUCCAAACGUAAUCCUGCAGACAUUCAAAGUUGUAAUUAGAGGCAACGGGAAAAAACGUGCAGCAAGAGCUAUUAUCGAUACUGGUUCACAGCGGUCAUAUUUACUACGAGCUACAGCUGAAGAAAUGAGCUAUGAGCCUACCAGCUGUGAAUAUUUGCAGCGCUCCCUAUUUGGUGACAAGCAUACUGGGUAGAUCGAAAGAAAAGCGUAUAGAAUUAGCUUUGAAGGAUGACGCAUGCGUGGAAAACCAAUUCACAACCCCACAAAAGCACGGAGCUGUAGGAAUGUCAACAUCACAAGUUGUAUGCGAUCAUAAUAUACUAAGAAAUAAGUGAAUCCGUAAAAGACAG